UUUAAUAACGCCACUAUUUUCCUGUUGAGCAGUCACAGACGCCUAUCCAUAUAACAUGUAUUUCCAUGGUUAAAUCGGACAAAGGAGGAAAAUAUAUGCAACAUGCGAUGUGUACAUUAAAUUUAUUUGAUAAGGGUUUGGAGCUUCCCUAGUUCUGAACUGUUGUAAAGAUGGGUGUUGUCAGCUUGCUGUUACUGCUUCACUCACUCCCAUGCUGGGGUCAGGAACUGUUGCACACUGGGGACCAUGGAGCAUUCCUGCCUCAGAGUGCUUUGACUGACAUGGAGUUCACCUCAGUCAGCUCUUACCGAGGCCCUGGCAACAACGACUCCCGGGGCAACAAAGAGCUGCCAAUCAUCCUUUGGUGGAGUGCUGGCCUCUUCCCCCACUUCCCCGGUGACACGGAGCGCAUCGACUGUAACCACUCCUCCUGUCUGGUCACGCGCAACCGCAAGGUCCAGCUGUACAAGCGCACAGCAGCCAUCAUCUUCUACGGCACAGACUUCCGGGCCUACGAGGCCCCCUUGCCCCGGUUGCCCCACCAGACGUGGGCACUGUUCCACGAGGAGUCGCCCAUGAACAACUACGUGCUCUCCCACGGCCCGGGCAUCCGGCUCUUCAACUACACGGCCACGUUCAGACGGGAGUCCGACUACCCCCUCACCCUGCAGUGGCUGCCCACGCUGGAGUACCUGCUGCAGCCCACGGCUGUGUCUCUGCAGGAGAAGAACCGCUGGAGACGGGCCGGCCUGGCCCCAGUGCUCUACAUGCAGUCCCACUGCGACGUGCCGUCCGACCGGGACCGCUACGUCCAGGAGCUCAUGAAGUACAUCGAGAUCGACUCCUACGGAAAGUGCCUGAACAACAAAAAUUUGCCAGAACGUCUGGAGGACACGAGCACAGCCACCGGCGAGGACGGUGAGUUCAUGAGCUUCGUGGCGCGUUACAAGUUCCACCUGGCCAUGGAGAAUGGCCUGUGCUCAGACUAUAUGACCGAGAAGCUGUGGCGCCCACUGCACCAGGGCUGCGUCCCCAUUUACCGAGGAUCCUCCUCCGUGGCCGACUGGCUGCCCAACUCACACUCCGCCGUCAUCGUCGACGACUUCCCUAGCCCUCGCAAGCUUGCAGAAUUCAUUAUGGCCCUCGACGGCGACGACACAGAGUAUUCGCGCUACUUGGAGUUCAAGACUCCCAGUAAGAUAACCAACCUGCGGCUGCUGGAAGGACUGGAAAGUCGGGAAUGGGGCGUCAAUGACAUGAGUAAGCCCAACUAUCUCAACGGCUUUGAGUGCUACGUCUGUGACCAGGAGAACAAACGCCUGGCAGCUGAGAAGGCCCACCAGCAAAACCCGGAGCUUCACGCACCUCCCUCACCAAAGACGGCCAACAACUCCCACAUGGGCUGCCCACUGCCCAGCCCAGGCUAUGGGGAAGUUGACGAUAUUCAUCCAAAUGAUGGUUGGCUCCAGAUGUGGCCCCAAGAUUACUGGCAGAGCUUGGACCAGGCAGAAGGUCUGGAGUCUCUUAUCCGACUGAAUGAGUCUGACCCUGGACUGCUGUGGCAUCACAUACAGAAGAUAGCAACGAGAAGAGCGAAAGGUCACUGACUCUGAGCUCUCACUCGGACAACAUUUGUCCCAUCUAGAGACUUCAAAGCCUCAAAGUCUUUUUACCGACUUUGAUGCAAAAGGUGACAGAUUGGUGCCUUUAGACACAGUCACCAGGAAAUGUUUAAGUGGUGCAUCUUUUUAAAACACUAGGUAAGUGGCAAACAUGUACACUAGGAGAGAGACAAUCUUGUAAAUGUCAAUAUCCUUUUACAUGAAAAAGGGAAACAAGUAUAAUAUUGAGCAGUAAGUCAGAAAAGUUAAGUCAGCAAAGCACAGCCACCAAACUCUUGGCUCUCAGGAAAUGGACAUGGAUAUCUAUGUGAUAGACACACAAAUAUAUUAUUAGAAUACAAGCCUUCUGAGUGGGAGGCCAAACUGCAGAGUUCACCAAAUCCAUAUUAUGUAGCUAUUUGUAAACACACAGUUUUUAUUGUUAUCAGUAAACAGUGUUAUUCAGUGCUGUAAUGUUUAUACAACUUUUUUACAAUCAUCUGUGCUUUUUAUGUUUUUAUAAGGCAAAGCAUGACAUAAAAUGAUACAACACA